ACAGGCUGGGCAGAGCAGGUCGGUAGGAUAUAAAUAUGAACCGGUGUGUGUCCAGGUGUUUUCUGAUCGUUCACCAGACACUAUGAGACUGCUGGCUCUGCUGCUGAUGGUUGGAGCUGCUGUUGCAGUUCCCCUUGAAGAUGGCAGGAUCAUUGGUGGGAAGGAGUGUGAGCCUCAAUCUCGUCCAUACAUGGCCUCUCUUAACUAUGGCUACCACUUUUGUGGUGGUGUGCUCAUCAACAAGCAGUGGGUGCUCUCUGUUGCCCACUGUUGGUACAACCCCUAUUCCAUGCAGAUCAUGUUAGGAGAACAUGAUGUGCGAGUGUUUGAGGGUACAGAGCAGCUCAUGAAGACCGACACCAUUAUUUGGCACCCUGAUUAUGACUACCAGACUCUUGAUUAUGAUAUCAUGCUGAUCAAGCUCUUCCACCCUGUGGAGGUGACUGAGACAGUCACACCCAUCCCAUUACCCACCGGGUGCCCAAUGGGAGGGCUGCCUUGCUCUUUGUCUGGAUGGGGAAAUAUUGCUCCAGAUGGCGAAGACUCGUUCAUGCCGUUCCGUCUGCAGUGCUUGGAUGUGCCCGUGGUGGAUGAUCAGGCUUGUGAGAAUGCCUAUCCUGGCAUGAUCACACGCAGAAUGUUUUGUGCUGGAUACAUGGACGGAGGCAGAGAUGCAUGCAAUGGUGACUCUGGCAGCCCUCUGGUGUGUGUUGGAGAAGUUCACGGCCUGGUGUCAUGGGGUCAGGGAUGUGCUCAGCCCGGAUACCCAGGUGUCUACGUUAAAGUGUGCGAGUUCCUCUACUGGAUCGAAGACACUCUGGCAGCCUAUCCCUGAAGAAAUGUUUCCUUCCCCCAGUGUAUGCCCUCUGCUCCCUGUAGUAUAUUAGCACUAAUUCUUAUUUUUCUAACUUUCCCCCAGCCUUUUCUUUGACAUCUCCAUUUUAUUCAGCCUUUCUUGUCUCUGUUGGAUCACAUAACUUUUCUCCCUCAUAUAUACAGAUUUAACACACAUGCGGCAGAAAUCUGGAAAAAUAAAAAAAUUAAACCC